UCUAGGGUGGAAUACAGCUAACAAAAUAUACAUCAAGAUUUCAAUCCCUACCAUUUCAGAGCUUCAAGUUAGCAUUUCCUACAUGUUAUUUUUAUGGUAUGUGUAGAAAAAAUUGGAGACUGUUAUCCAAGUGUCUUGCAACCAGAAAGGCAAGAAACCGGCAUAUGGCAUUGGAUAGGAUGGACUGCUAGCAGCCUAGCACUAAUAUCUUGGUUGACUGGUUCUUAUAUAGAUCAUGGGAACUCGAAUUUGUUAAUUAGAAUGUAUCCAAAUGUAGGCCUAAGUCUGGGUAGUGAAUACAGCAAAGUGAUGAUAUCGUUGCUCAAAAUCUAAAAAUUUAUCCCUGUCGAUAUACUGUGCAGGGAAAUACUGCAAAACCCGAAGGAUUAUCUGAGAUCAUUAUGGCAGGAGCAAUGGGUUUGAAGUUGCAUGAAGAUUGGGGAAGCACCCCAGCUGCGAUAGAUAACUGUUUAUCUGUUGGAGAAGCUUUUGAUAUCCAAGUUAAUAUCCACACGGAUACCUUAAAUGAAGCAGGUUGUGUGGAGCAUACAAUUGCAGCUUUUAAAGAUAGGUCCAUACACACAUAUCACAGCGAAGGUGCAGGUGGUGGUCAUGCCCCAGACAUCAUUAAAGUAUGUGGGGUGAAAAAUGUGUUGCCUUCUUCAACAAACCCAACCCGGCCUUUUACUUCUAACACUGUUGAUGAGCACCUUGAUAUGCUGAUGGUUUGCCACCACCUUGAUAAAAACAUCCCGGAAGAUGUAGCAUUUGCUGAGUCAAGAAUUCGAGCAGAAACAAUUGCGGCUGAGGACAUCUUGCACGACAUGGGGGCAAUCAGUAUCAUAUCAUCUGAUUCACAGGC